UCUUUACCACUUCCUUGUGUUUUUUUUCUUUUUUUAUCAUCAUCACUUACUGAACACACAGUACAGAUCGAUUCUAUACAAACAAUUUUCCUCGUCCGAGAAGGACAUAUAAUAAUAUCAUUACAUUAAUUAUUUAGUGGAGAAAAAUGCUACGCAAAAACUUCAACUCAGAGAAUCCAUGGCGUCUGGGCCUCCUGGUGGUGUGUUUGUUCGGCGGAGCGUUUCUCAUUGCUUCCUUCCUCAGAACUCCAAAUUCUAACCCUCUCUUCUGCAUCGGCGGUGGGGGAUUGGGUAGGGCGGGUUCUGUUGAAGAAGGGACGACGAUCCAGAUGGAAGCUAUUCGGCACUAUGCGACAUCACAGGUGGUGCCGCAGCAAUCGUUGGGCGAGGUCACGGUCUCAUUCGACGUUCUCAAAGCCACUGCGCCAUGCAAUUUCCUGGUGUUCGGGCUGGGGCAUGAUUCCCUAAUGUGGGCGGCACUCAAUCCACGUGGCAGGACGUUAUUCCUGGAAGAGGAUCCCAAGUGGUACCAGGCGGUGCUAAAAGACGCCCCUGCCCUUGAAGCCGAAACGGUGGCAUAUAGAACUCAACUCUCAGAGGCUGACGAACUGCUCCAACACUACCGAACUGAACCCCUCUGUUCGCCGACCAACUCCUUCCUCCGUGGCAAUAGUAAAUGCAGGUUAGCACUAAACAUGCUAUCGGAUAAGGUGUAUGAUACAGAAUGGGAUUUGAUAAUGAUCGAUGCUCCGCGCGGGUACUUCCCGGAGGCGCCGGGAAGGAUGGCCGCCAUAUAUUCAGCAGCGGUUAUGGCGAGGAACCGGAAAGGUUCGGGUGUGACGCACGUGUUCUUGCACGACGUGGACCGCAAGGUGGAGAAGACGUAUGCAGAAAUGUUCUUGUGUAAGAGGAAUUUGGUGAAGGCUGAGGGAAGGCUAUGGCAUUUUGAGAUUCCGCCGGUUACCAAUCCCAACAGUGAAUUUUGCUAGGAUGCGGGAUGGUGUAUGAUGCCAUAAGGAUUGCGGGUAUCAAACAGUUGGGCAACUCUAGUAUAAUUUGGGCCCAACACAAGUAAAAAAGCUAUAUAAGCCCAACAAAUUAAUUAUUCUCUUUUGGUUGAAUGGGGCCUAGACCUAGAUAUGAGUUCUUAUGUUACUAGUCCAAAUAAAAUUUUCGAUUGUCGGCUUGAUCUACCGAAUGUUUCAUGAUCCCAUGUUUCUAUACACAAAUUAAAUACACAAAAGACAGAAAGCUAAGUAAUCAUUCAAAUUA